UCAGGGUGUGAGUGAGAGUGUGAGAGACAGAGUGAGUGAGUGAGUGAGAGUGUGUGAGAGAGUGAGAGUGGGUGAGUGAGAGAGUGUGUGUGAGAGAGUGUGAGUGAGUGAGUGAGAGAGAGAGAAUCCACAGCAUUAUGAGCCUUUAGAGACACUCAGGCACAGAAAUGGCACCGCUCGCCUUGAAAGGUUUUUUCCUCUCCGCGUUUGAUUACAAGACAGAAAAAUACGUCAUCGCCAAAAAUAAGAAAGUCGGCGUCCUCUAUCGACUCAUCCAGCUGUCAGUAAUCGGUUACAUCAUCGGGUGGGUGUUUGUGAUUAAGAAAGGCUAUCAGGACACUGAAGAAUCUCUGCAGAGUUCAGUCAUAACUAAAGUGAAAGGGGUCACCUUCACCAACAUCACUGGCUCUGGACCCUUGCUUUGGGGUCCUGAAGACUAUGUCAUCCCACAGCAGGGUGAAGCUGUACUCUUCAUAACCACAAAUUUUAUCACAACCCCAAACCAGAAAUUAGGAUACUGUGCUGAGAGUUUUAAGGUGCUUGAUGCUCGUUGCCAUGGGAAUGAAGACUGCACAAAAGGAGACAGUGUAAUAGCUGGUCAUGGAAUUAAGACAGGACGCUGCUUAAAGAAAGACAGGAACUCAACAGGUACCUGUGAAAUAUACGGCUGGUGCCCCGUUGAGCGAAGCAGCCGACCAGAUGUGCCUUUGUUAGGAAAAGCUGAAAAUUUCACCAUAUACAUAAAGAACUUCAUCAGAUUCCCCAAGUUUGACUUCUCAAAAUCAAAUGUUCUGGAGAUAGCAGAUGACUCAUAUCUGAAGAAAUGUUCAUAUGAUGAGCUCACUCAUCCUUACUGCCCCAUAUUCCAGUUCAGGGAUAUAGUACAGAGAACCGGACAUGAUUUUCAAAACAUGGCCCUGCUGGGAGGAGCAAUAGGAAUCCUAAUAGAGUGGUGUUGUGACCUGGAUAAAGGCUACUCAGCAUGCCACCCGAGCUACAGUUUCACUCGACUAGAUGUGAGUGCUACAGCUAAGGCAAUCUCAUCAGGGUAUAACUUCAGAUAUGCACGUUAUUUCAAAAAUGCUGAUGGUGAGACCCACAGGACACUUUUUAAGGUGUAUGGGAUUCGCUUUGACAUCUUGGUCCAUGGCAAGGUAUGCAGCAGAAAGUCUUACCGCACCUACCCUAUAUUCAUGCCAGUCUCGGGUAUUUGUUCUUAAAGCUGUUCAGUUUCUUUUCACUUAACACAUUUGGUCUUUUUUCAGGCUGGAAAGUUCAACAUAAUUCCUACAAUCAUAAACAUAGGCUCGGGUCUUGCGUUAAUGGGUGCUGGGGCGUUUUUCUGUGACAUGGUCCUUCUGUACAUGAUGAAGAAAAGCACUCUGUACAGGGAGAGGAAAUUUGAAACUGAUCAUAAGAAUGGAAAUAACAACAGAGAGAGUACAGACAUGUCAGAGGAGGCUGUGAAGCCAUCAGAGCUGGAGCAACUCACAGAACCAACAUCUGAUCAACGCAUACCAGGAAUAACAGAUAUACCCAAAGGACAAAGGGACAAGUCAUGUGACUGACUAAUAUUAGAUACAGUAUAUGAAUUGUGACUUUAAUGGAUAACAGCCAUGAACUCCUGACUUUAUUCCAUACAGAAUGCAAUCUUUCACUGACCACCACUGCUCCAUGGAACUAGCUGUCUUUAGAGCCACAUGAAGGACUUUUGUGAUCACUAUGCAAAGUCAUUAGCCAUGCAAUAAGGCAUUUACUUGAAGAUGAAAGCAAUAACACCUCAUGUGCAAUUUAAUACUGA